CGGGCAGGGGGCGUCCGCGCCCUGGGCGGUGUCGUCGUCCUGGUCCCCACAGUCGCCUGCGCGCCCAGGCGCAGGCUUGGACUUCCAAAGUGUCCUUUCACAGUGACCAAGCCUACUUGCAAAUGAGGCAUCAGCCAGCUCCUUCCCCCCAACCAUAGAGACUUUUGCAGAGUAGAGUGGUGGCAGGCCUCCUCCUCCUCCUCCUCCUCCAUCCAUGGCACCUGUGGCAGGACACAAAGAGCAGUGGCAGCCAUGCCUCCCCCUGCUCUGGCCACCCCUUGACCCCUGCACUAGCCUGCAUGGUAUGGAGAUCUGUGGAACCCCAGAGGACUGACUAUCUGACCUGGCUGCCUACCCUCAGUAACAAGCCCACCAAGAUGUCACUCGAGUGGCUAGUGGCCUGGAGCUGGUCCCUGGAUGGCUUGAGAGACUGCAUCGCCAGCGGCAUCCAGUCUGUGCGGGAUUGUGACACUAGCGCCGUGGUCACUGUGGCCUGCCUACUGGUCUUGUUUGUGUGGUACUGCUACCACGUGGGCAGAGAGCAGCCACGGCCCUUUGUCUCUGUGAACUCACUCAUGCAGGGCGCAGAUGCCAAUGGGUUGCAGAACGGGUAUGUGUACUGCCAGUCCCCUGAGUGUAUGCGCUGUACGCACAGCGAGGGCCUCAACCAGAAACUCUACCACAACCUGCAAGAGUAUGCCAAGCGCUACUCGUGGUCUGGCAUGGGCCGUAUCCACAAGGGCAUCCGCGAGCAGGGCCGCUACCUCAACAGCCGGCCUUCCAUCCAGAAGCCCGAGGUCUUCUUCCUGCCUGACCUCCCCACCACUCCAUACUUCCCUCGGGAUGCGCAGAAACACGACGUGGAGGUGCUGGAGCGGAACUUCCAGACCAUCCUGUGUGAAUUUGAGACUCUCUACAAAGCUUUCUCAAACUGCAGCCUCCCACAGGGCUGGAAAAUGAACAGCACCCCCAGCGGGGAGUGGUUCACCUUUUACUUGGUCAAUCAGGGUGUCUGUGUCCCCAGGAACUGCAGGAAGUGCCCACGGACGUACCGCUUGCUGGGAAGCCUUCGGACCUGUAUUGGGAACAAUGUUUUUGGGAAUGCGUGCAUCUCUGUGCUGAGCCCCGGGACUGUGAUAACUGAGCACUAUGGGCCCACAAACAUCCGCAUCCGGUGCCACUUGGGUCUGAAAACUCCAAGUGGCUGUGAGCUGGUGGUAGGGGGUGAGCCCCAGUGCUGGGCAGAAGGCCGCUGCCUCCUCUUCGAUGACUCUUUUCUGCAUACUGCGUCCCACGGAGGUGUGGUGGAGGAUGGCCCACGGGUGGUCUUCAUGGUGGAUCUGUGGCAUCCCAACGUUGCAGCUGCCGAGCGGCAGGCCCUGGAUUUCAUCUUUGCCCCAGGACGAUGAACAAACUAUCUAUGUAGGAGCUGGCGAGGGGCAAGGAGCCCAGGUGGCCAAGGGAUAGUCCAGCCACGCCCGAGCUCAGAUUCCACGCUCGGAAGCCUGUCUCAGUGAGACCCUCUCCUUGGGAUCUCCUGCAUUGUGGGAUUCCUCUCUUUUGGUUACUGUAAAUGGAAAACUUUCAGCUUGUAUUUCCUUUGAUUUGUUUUUUCCUUCCAAUGAUUAGCUCUGGAGAUUCCUUUCUGGCCUACCAGUGUGUCCCUUUGACUCUGUGAGCAGAGACUUGGUGCCCCGUCGGUCUUGUUCCAUUGCUACUUGGUUUUUUUCAGUGUUGUCAAACAGAGUAGCCAAACAGUUCGCUGUCUGAAUGUCAUCAUGUAAAACUUGUGGUCAUCUUCAAGAAAAAAAAACACAAGCCGGAAGGCCAGAGAACUUUACUUCUGCUGCUGGCGUACAGGAGGCCUUCGCUACCCUGGGCAGGAGCAACCCUCAUCCGUGUGCCCGGCCAGUGUGCUGGUGUCUGCGGUCAGGGCCUGGGGAGACCGUCACGGUCGCUGUUCUGCUCCAGACUGCCAGGUCCUAGCUGGCAAGUAGCCAGGCAGGAGUGACCAGCAGACCUGUCAGUGUACUUUCCAGCCGAGCUGAGGCCCGUGAGUCAGGAGUCAGGCUGGGCUCCCCAAGCCAGCCACCGAAUGGGAUCCAUUCACUCACUGCCUACAGAGCCCACUGCCACACCAGGCCUUGCUGCCUGCCGCUGUAGCUGCUUUAAAUUCACAGUGGCAGAUGUUAGGCGGGCUGGUGGAGGCUGUGCAAGGAUAGGGCCUAGUGGCUGUCCGGUGACAUUCCAGAAACUCCUUUCCCUAGCAAAGUAGAGUCCUGAGUCUGGCCAUUGCAUCUGACUUGAUCUGUGGUUCUGUUGCCUGAUUUUCACUUACCUUGCAUAGGUCAGUGCUCAAAUCCUAGACUUGGAGACAGUGGAAGGGCCAGGCCUGAGUGUUUUUCAUUGUGCAAGAGUGUGGGCUUGGUGAUAAUAACCCAGGCCAGGAUGUGCAGGGAGCUGUGGUCCCUGUGCUGGCUUUUUGGUCUCCUAUGAAGGACACAGAUCUUAUCCCAAAGGAAGUUGAGGAAGCCACCUCUUAUUUACUGAUGUGAGUGCCAUCUCCCAGCCACAUGAAUGAUGCCUUUUGGAACAGUGUCCAGCCUCAGCUGUAAUGAGCCUAGGAACAGACAGAGCUUAGGGCUAUCACAUGCACCAGGCUGCUGUUUCUACCUGCAUACAAACCUGCAUCUGCUGGGAGGGGCGGCUGUCAGAAAGAAACACCAUCCAAAAUAUACCAGGUAGUUAUUGGCCUGUGCAGAAAGAGCACAUCUGCUUGAGGUUUAAAAUGUCCACGUGGAUAUGUUCUGGUAACCAGAAGGCAAAAAAUGGCAGGCAGUUCCAACACACCUGAAGUCUUUGUGCUCAUUAAGUCUCUUGUGAACAGAACCUCUCAGGUGCAUGACGUCUACACACAGUGAUCGUUCUGCUCCGGGUUUACAAAGCCAACACCCUGUUUUCCCCAGCCCCUUGGGACCUGGCUGCCACACUCAGUGGCGUGACUGGGGAGCAGAAGAUAAA